UCGACGGGUCCUGCGCGCUCUGCUCCCCGCGUCCGGAGCUUCCUCCCCCGGGCUGAAGAAGAGGGUCUGUCGGUCAGAGAUCAUGGGAGGUCGUUGACGCUCGACCUGCUCUUCAGUUAAAGGAAACCCAUCAGAGUCGUCUGGUGCCUAGUGACGGGUUCCAACAUGGCCGCCCAUCGAAUCAGAGCCACCGCCAACAACAACGUUUCCCUCCCACGCUGCAAGUCCGAGGGGACGCUGGUCGACCUCAGCGACGGCGUCUCGGAAGCUACGCUCAACGACGUCAAAGUGCCUUCUCCCAGUGCCUUACGACUGGACGCCACCGCCUCCUUCGGCGCCGCCAGGGAAGUGGUUGCCAUAAAAGACUACUGCCCCUCCAGCUUCACCACCCUGAAGUUCUCUAAAGGCGACCGCCUCUACGUGCUGGACUCGUCGGGGGCCGAGUGGUGGUACGCCCACAACAACACGGAGAUGGGCUACAUCCCUGCUGCCUACGUGGAACCCAUCAACUACAGGGACUCGUCCUUCAGCGACAGUGGGAUGAUUGACACUGUGGGAGAUUUGAACGAGGAGGCGGCCAAAGAACUGGACCUGCUGGGAGAGUGGUCGGGGGUGAUCCUGAAACCAACCGCCUUCCAGAAUGGAAAUCCUUUUGCAGCAGCUCACACGGGCUCUACGAACCCUUUCCUGAACGGAGGCCCUCUGGAUCAGAACAGUAAUGAGAAGUCAGUGGACCUUCUUCUGUUCGACUCGCUCGCUCCAUCAGUGCCCAACUCCACCGGCAGCACUGCUGACAUACUUGGUUUUGCCAGUGGUGUGUUUAACUCCAACCCACUCAGUCCCACCGGGGGCUUCGGGCAAACGCUGCGCAGGGACAACCCGUUCUUUCGGAGCAAGCGGUCCCACAGUCUGUCGGAGCUGUCCAUCCUGCAGGCUGAGUCCAACUCCCCUCAGGUCUCUGGGGGUUUCUUCGGAGGUCUGAAAGCACCAGCGCCAGAGCAGUUCCAGAGCCGGGAGGAUUUCAGGACAGCGUGGCUCAGCCACCGCAAGUUGGCCAGGUCCUGCCAUGACUUGGACUCACUGGGUCAGAGCCCAGGCUGGGGCCAGACGCAGCCGGUGGAAACCAGCAUCGUCUGUCGCCUGGACAGCUCAGGAGGUGCCGUCCAGCUUCCAGACACCAACAUCAGCAUCCACAUCCCCGAGGGUCACGUGGCCCCGGGGGACACUCAGCAGAUCUCUAUCAAAGCUCUGCUCGACCCGCCGCUGGAGCUGAACACCGACCGCUGCACCACCGUCAGCCCGGUGGUGGAGAUCAAACUCAGCAACAUGGAAACCAAAACCACCGUUACCCUGGAGAUGAAGGUUUCCGUGGUGGUGAAGAUGGAGAGCAGACAGACGACAGAGGUCUUGUGCGUCAGGAGCGAUUGUAAAGAGGGACCUUACUCUGCCAUUCCCCAGGCCUACAUGUACGGGGACACAGUCCAGGUGUGUCUGGAUAACCUGGAGCCCAGCAUGUACGUGUGCGUGGUGGCUCAGUCCCAGUCUGUAUCUCCUGACUCCACGGUUUGGGAGCAUGUGGUCAAGAAGAUCACCUUAGGAGUGUACGGCCCCAAACAUAUUCACCCGUCCUUCAAAACAGUCGUAGCUAUGUUCGGUCAUGAUUGUGCCCCAAAGUCUCUGUUAGUGAGCGACGCCGGCAAGCAGGUGCAGGCUGCCCCCCCCGUGGCACUGCAGCUCUGGGGUAAACACCAGUUCGUCUUGUCCAGACCGCAGGACCUCCGCGUUGGCGUUUACUCCAACAUGGCCAACUACGAGGUAAAGGCCGGGGAUCAGGCCAGAGUGGUCCGGGGCUUCCAGGUCAAACUGGGCAAAGUCAGCAGGCUCGUCUACAUCAUCGCUUCACGCGACAGUGAAGAAGUCUCUGAUUUCACCUUAAGAAUCCAGGUCAAAGACGACCAAGACUGUAUCCUGGGUCAGUUUUGUGUCCAGACACCGACUCCGCCUCCCAAAGCCGGUCCGAAGACCUCAGUGCAGCGGCGCUUCCUGAAGAAGAAGGAAGUCGGAAAGAUACUUUUGUCUCCUCUUGCUGUUGCCACCAAAUACCCGGUUUUCCAGGACCGGAGAAUAAACAACGUGAAGUUUGGAAAAUUAAUCAAAACUGUGAUCCGACAAACAAAGAACCAGUACCUGCUGGAGUACAAGAAAGGAGACUUCGUAGCUCUGUUGAGUGAAGAGAAAAUCAAGCUGAAGGGUCAGCUGUGGACAAAGGAAUGGUACAUUGGAUAUUAUCAGGGCCGAACAGGGUUCGUCCACGCAAAGAACGUGCUAGUGGUUGGCAAAGUGAAACCCAUUUACUUCAGUGGGCCAGAUCUCACCACCUCAAUACUCCUGGAGCAAACACUGAAGCCCUGCAAGUUCCUCACGUACAUCUACGCCUCUGUGAGAACUAUACUCAUGGAGAAUAUCGGCAACUGGCGAGCGUUCGCAGACGCACUCGGAUACGUCAACCUGCCGCUGACACACUUCUGCCGCGCGGAGCUGGACAGCGAACCCGAGCGAGUGGCGUCGGUGCUGGAGAAGCUGAAGGAGGACUGCAACAACACCGAGUGCAAAGAGAGGAAGUCCUUCCAGAAGGAACUCCUGACGGCUCUGCUGAAGAUGGACUGUCAGGGUCUGGUUGCUCGACUCGUCAUGGACUUCGUUCUCCUGACCACGGCCGUGGAGCUGGCCGGGCGCUGGAGGGAGGUGGCCGAGAAGCUGGCGAAGGUUUCACGUCAGCAGAUGGACGCGUACGAGGCGCCGCACCGGGACAAGAACGGGCUGGUGGACAGUGAGGCCAUGUGGAAGCCGGCCUACGACUUCCUGGUCACGUGGGCGGCUCAGAUCGGCGACAGCUACCGGGACGUGAUCCAGGAGCUGCACAUGGGCCUGGACAAGAUGAAGAACCCCAUCACCAAACGCUGGAAGCACCUGACGGGCACGCUCAUCCUGGUCAACUGCCUGGACGCCCUGCGGAGCUCCGCCUUCAGCCCUGACGCUCAGGAGGACUGCGCCAUCUGAGCUCUGUGUCCCUCGCCGUGUCCCACGCUGCUCAUCAGCUCCAACGCCACUACUGCUGUCGUUAGAGACGUUAGAGAUGUACGGUUCCUGCGGCGCUGCCUUCAGCUCCUCGUGCCCGGGGGGGGCGUCACUGACCCACGCCUCCGCCACGCCGCACGCCGCCGUGUGGAGCUCACAGUAUUCACAAAGACUCUUUUAAUAGUUCCUGUCGUGCACAGCUAUGUAUUUUUAUACUCUUAUUACGACACAGCCUUUUUUAAAGCAACACUUUGAAGCCUUUGGUCUGUAACCGUGGAUCGAACGCCAGGAAAAGACUCUUUUAGAUAUCGUGGUCACAUGUGUCAAAUCUCUUCUAUUUAUUUGUACAUCACAGAGAGAAGUGAGCUCUUCUUCUCGUCUUCAGGUUCUCUCUCUGUGGUCGGAUCGCGUCCGUCAGGAUCAUUUAUAAAUCAUCCACCUUUUAGUCAAAGUGUCCAACUGAGAAAUCACCUCCAGUCAGUUCUGUUAGAGAAAGUGAAUCAAUCACAGAUUUGGAUCAUGAUGAAUCAUCUCUGGUUCCAGAUUCUCUAACAUGAGAAUUCACUGCUUUGUUAUGUCACAUCAUGAGAAAUAGAAAAUCUUCAAAUCCUCACAACCAGGAAUCUGAAAACGUCAUUUAAACAUUUUGUGAGGAUGAAAGUGAAAUUCUGAAUUCUGUAAACAAUGAUCUCAACUCAAGGAUCCACCUCCUCACUGGAGAUCAGGUUCUGCCUCAGCAGUCGUUUCACAUCAGACUGUGAACAAACGUGUGUGUUUAAUAUGAACUGUCUCAAUAACAGAGUUCAGCUCUUUGUGACCUGGAACCUGCAGGAAGAGGAUCUGGUCUCAGGUCGCUGGGUUUGGACCUGAGACCAGAUCCAGGUUCCAGUCCAACUUCUGUCAGUUCAGUGUCUCAGGAAGUCUCAGAAGAAGAACGUGGUCCACAGGCUCAGUAGAUCCACAGGAACUGAGCAGAUCUCUUCACCUCAUCUGUGGCAAAGUGAGUCGGUCGACCCUGAGUUGAGAUCUCACUCCAUCUGCUGAAUAUUGUUUCUGAUUAACCAAUUAAAAUGAUGAUUUCCAGUUGCACCUGAACCCUCUGUGCCGUGUGUUUCCUGUUGUGACUUCACUGUGUGUCCAAGCUCCUGGUCCAGGUCUGUCUGCUGCUGCCUGUAGAACCUGGAACAAAGAGCCCGUGCUGGCGUGAAAACCUUUGUGGAAAAGACUCUAAAUAAAAUGUAAAUAUUUCUAC